AGGGGCGGGUGGGUGCGCGUGCGCACUGAGCCCGCCUGGCUCGCGAGGGGAAGGGGGAGGAGGCCUGGAUGACUAAACCUGACAGAAACGCUGGUGGGAGGCUCGGGCGGGCGCCAGUGCCCGCGUAGGUCCUUCUCGCCCCGCAGCCACCACCCGCCCGGUGACCAUGAUAGGUUUGUGCUUGGGCUCAGUGUCUGUGUGAGUCCUAGGAAGAGCCUACCACUGGGGAGUAGGAGAAGAAGAAUCAGCCUUGGCUCUGGGAUGCUGCGCUGUUGUCUCCCUUGGUUACUGCCUCUGUGGCAGUAGAGUAGAGGUCAUGAGGUGCCUUGGAUACAGCACACCCUCUCAUUCCCCAUCUCUGUCUGAUGCUGGCCACCAAGAAAACAUAGCCAUCAAAUGUUUGUCAGGUUCAACUCCAGCUAUGGCUUCCCAGUGGAGGUCGAUUCUGACACCAGCAUCUUGCAGCUCAAGGAAGUGGUUGCUAAGCGACAGGGGGUUCCAGCUGACCAGCUGCGUGUGAUUUUUGCCGGGAAGGAGCUUCCGAAUCACCUGACGGUUCAGAACUGUGACCUGGAACAACAGAGUAUUGUACACAUAGUGCAGAGACCACGGAGGAAAAAUCAUGAAACAAAUGCAUCUGGAGGGGACAAACCCCAGAGCACCUCAGAGGGCUCCGUAUGGGAGCCCAGGAGCUUGACACGAGUGGACUUGAGCAGCCAUGCCCUGCCGGCGGACUCUGUGGGGCUAGCGGUCAUUCUGGACACAGACAGUAAGAGGGACUCAGAAGCAGCCAGAGGUCCAGCAGUUAAACCCACCUACAACAGCUUUUUUGUCUACUGCAAAGGCCCCUGCCACAAGGUCCAGCCUGGAAAGCUCCGAGUUCAAUGUGGCACCUGCAAACAAGCAACCCUCACCUUGGCCCAGGGCCCAUCUUGCUGGGACGAUGUCUUAAUUCCAAACCGGAUGAGUGGUGAGUGCCAGUCUCCAGACUGCCCUGGAACCAGAGCUGAAUUUUUCUUUAAAUGUGGAGCACACCCAACCUCAGACAAGGACACGUCAGUAGCUUUGAACCUGAUCACCAGCAACAGGCGCAGCAUCCCUUGCAUAGCGUGCACAGAUGUCAGGAGCCCGGUCUUGGUCUUCCAGUGUAACCACCGCCACGUGAUCUGUUUGGACUGUUUCCACUUGUAUUGUGUCACAAGACUCAACGAUCGGCAGUUUGUCCACGAUGCUCAACUUGGCUACUCCCUGCCAUGUGUGGCUGGCUGUCCCAACUCCCUGAUUAAAGAGCUCCAUCACUUCAGGAUCCUUGGAGAAGAGCAGUACAAUAGGUACCAGCAGUAUGGUGCUGAGGAAUGCGUGCUGCAAAUGGGAGGUGUGCUGUGCCCCCGUCCUGGCUGUGGAGCUGGACUGCUACCUGAACAGGGUCAGAGGAAAGUCACCUGCGAAGGGGGCAACGGCCUGGGCUGCGGGUUUGUUUUCUGCCGGGACUGUAAGGAAGCAUACCAUGAAGGGGAUUGCGACUCACUGUUCGAACCCUCAGGAGCCACUUCUCAGGCCUACAGGGUGGACAAAAGAGCCGCUGAGCAAGCUCGCUGGGAGGAGGCCUCCAAGGAAACCAUCAAGAAGACCACCAAGCCUUGUCCUCGCUGCAACGUGCCAAUUGAAAAAAACGGAGGAUGUAUGCACAUGAAGUGUCCUCAGCCCCAGUGCAAGCUGGAGUGGUGCUGGAACUGCGGCUGUGAGUGGAACCGAGCCUGCAUGGGGGAUCACUGGUUUGACGUGUAGAGAGGGAUGUCACUUGGCCCUGGACGCACAACCUCAUGGGAAACUCCGAAGACUGCUACCUUCCUUAGCCAUUUCUUCUUCUCGAUGCAUAUAAGCACAUAAAUGCGCACACACAAACACAGGCUGCAGAUUACAGAAGCAGCCCCUAGAUCCUUUCCAGGGCACCCACAGAAAACCACAGCACCCGCUGGCCCCAGCGGGAGGAGGCACUUUCAGCCUCUGGCUCAUUCGAACGUCAGAGCUUAGAUGAGGGUGCACCUUUGGUUUGGAUUCUGUAGAAGCCAUGAGUGAGGUGGGAAGUGUUUUCCAGGGCUGUUGCCACGCCCUGGGUAACACCUCUGAGGAGUCUCAGAAGCACACUUGAGAUCUGAGGACCGCUGCUCUCAUGUAGCAAUCAUCUAUUCCCAAAGGGCCCUCAGCAGUAGCCAAAACUCUUCGUUUAUCCCCCCAAAUCCUAUCUUUAUAAAUGGUGCUGAUGAGAUUACAACCCCUCUGUGUACUGAUCAGCUUACCAGCCAAGUGAGAACCCAGGAAAGCUAAUUGGCUGGCAGACUGCUUACAUCACAGGGAGGACUCAGAAGCCAAACCUACUUCCCUUCGUUUCAUUAUCUGCAACUUUAGAAAGAAGUGAUUUUUUUUCCCCCUGAAGAGAUAACAAAGUCUGUAAUUUGGUUUGGAGUAUUCCUCCUGCAGCCUGGAAGUUUAGCUUCACUGUGAAUUUAACAGAGAAGUGCCUAUAAAGGGGGCAUUUUUAAGAGACAAUCCCAUGAUGCUGCGCCAAUGCUAACAACAGGGUCAAGAAACGCAAUGUUUAUAGAAGGAGCAUGCCUAGACCAUCUGAAAGAGAGUAUGCCUGACCCCUUCCACCACAAGUGGGGACACCUCUGCAUAUCUGCUCCCUCCUCUGCUGUUAAGCCCCAGGGAGCCCCAUCCACCCAGUAGUCCUACACAGACAGGGCAAUACACACACAACAAGAUAGCCUUCAGAUCAACAUACAUCACGCUCAAGUGUUAAUCUUUCAAGGUUUUCUUUUCUUUUUCCUGUUUUU